UUUGAAGAAUCCCCAUCUGUUAGAGAGUUGAGGUGUCCGUGUCGGACAGAGAAGCUCAAACCUGACGCUGUUCCGACAAAAUUCGAGCACAAAAUCAAGCAGUCAGAGAAGAAACGGACCAGCAACACUCAAGCAAAAAGGAGAAGAUUGGAGACACUGAUCCUGACCAUGAUCCUGUACCCAGUGAUGUCAAUGUUAGCUAUUCAGAUGUACACAGCCCUGAGUGGCAGUUACGCUGCUGGACAUCAUUCUGUAUUGCUCAUCAACUGUCCUACUGAGCAAACUGCUAAAGAUAUUGGCAGGUACAUCAUGGAGAAAAGAAUGGCAGCAUCUGUGAAUAUUCUCCCUGGCACAUCCACCAUGUUCUACUGGAAAGGCGAGAUUCAAGAUUCUUCUGAAAUCCUGCUGCUGGUGAGAACAAGAAGUUCUAUGAUUCAGCGACUCACUGAUUUCAUAAUAGCCAUACAUCCAUAUCAAACUCCGGAAAUCCUCAGUUUUCCCAUUCAAGAUGGAAGUCACUCCUACUUGAACUGGAUCGAUGACGUAGUUCCUGAUGUGUAAAACAAUCAUUGUCCAUUGUCAAAUGAAAAUCCAUUCCUAUUGGUUGGAGAACAUUCAGUUCUGGUCUUUAUAGCAGAUGUUGUCAUAGAUAAAGGAUUUUUGGUCAAGGUGGCAAGGACUGAUAUUUAUUAAUUUAUUACUGAAUGAAUUACAGUAAAAAAUUAAUUGAUUGAUUGAUGGAUUAAUUGAUUAAUUGAACAUAUCAUCAAAUGGCUGAGUGGAUGCAGAGUAGUGCAGUGGUAAAGGCGUUACCCAUCUUUGUAAGCUCAAAUGUCAUAGCCAUGUGUGGUCAUAAAAGAGAGCUUCAUUGGCCCUGCUUACCCAAGCAUGUUCAAAAAGAUGUGCUAACAUCAUGUGUCUUGAAUGAAGCAUGUAGGCAUUUACCCUCACCAGCUGGGAGAUGUUCUAUAAGAACUACCUCGUGGAAAUUGUUUUACUAUGACUAAACUGGGAGAAACUUGGGUAAAAAUGGAGGAGAGGAAAUUAAAGGACAUAUGAUCUUAAUCAGACAUAUUACUUACUUCAAGGACCAAAGUUUAUAUGUGUAAAAUUAAGACCUGCACUUAAGCACAUAAGCUACUUUAAAUUAUUCUUUAGAGAGGAUAACACUGAAUUAACAAUGGCAUACAAAAAUACAGAGAAACACACCAAACGUAACUAGUUAUCAACUAUCCAGCUAUGUUUAUCUCUUCAGCUAAAGCAACUUCACAUCCGGGUAACAGUACAAUUCCACAGUAAGCAUAACUAGCAUUCACUAGUUUCUUUAGAGAACAGACCUUACUUGUUCAGCAAGAAUAAUGAUAAAACUCCAUCACUCCUGAAUCCAUUUUCCUCUUAUUUUGAUUAUAUUGGACUCCCACUGGCAACACAGUGGUAUAGUGGUUAGCACUGUUGCCUCACAGCAAGAAUGUUCUAGGUUUGAGUCCAGUGGCCGACGGGGGCCUUGCUGUGUGGAGUUUGCAUGUUCUCCCUGUGUCUGCAUGGGUUUCCUCUGGGUGCUCCAGUUUCACCCACAGUCCAAAGACAUGCAGGUUAGGUGGCUCUAAAUUGACCGUAGGUGUGAAUGUGAGUGUGAAUGGUUGUUUGUCUUUGUGUUACCCCUGCAAUGACUUGGCGACUUGUCCAGGGUGUACCCCGCCUCUCGCCCAUAGUCCGCUGGGAUAGGCUCCAGCUUGCCUGUGACCCUGCUCAGGAUCGGCGGUUACAGAUAAUGGAUGGAUGAAUGGACUCCCACUCUGUUUUGCUCUUUCUCUCUUGAUUCGCUGACAGCUGUGCCUGUCACUGUGUCAUCAGACUUCAAUCAUGCCUAAAGUUGGGGUAUGAUAAUGUUUUACAUGUCCUGCCAACUCACCUGACACCAAGCAGACUGAAUUAUUAUUGCAUGAUUAUCAGUAUGACCCACAGCAGCUCAGGAAUUGUUCUAAAUUUCGUAAAUGCAGAACUCGCCCAGAAAGCAUUGUAAUCUAAUGUAUAAUAUUUAUUUAAAUAAUAUAAUUAUGAAUACAGUUAAAUAGUGAUAAUACUUCUAUAUAAUGUAUCACAUAAAGUAGUUUUAUACUGUAAUAAUAAUGAAAAUCCAGCAAUUGAUUUUCAGAUUUAUAUUUUCGUUUUAGUGUUUUCUGAAGGUAGGGGCAGUGUUUAGGAACAUGCCAAGACCUUUAACACAGUCAUAUAGUGACCAUAUGAUACCCUAAAAUUGUAUUACCAAUGGCUGACAUUCCCUUUAAUUUCUCUUGCCUUUGUACACAUUUCUGAAGAUAUUCAAUAGCUUGUGACUACAGUCAGUUUGUUUGUUUUUUGUUUGUUUGGUUUUUUUAAUCGGCUACCGUCCAAGUGCUACUAACCUCAUAAUUUGAGCCCAUGGGGGUAUCAUGAUGUGUGAGAAGGGCAAAGUGUGGUGGAUUGCUCAUGUAAUCCUUACUUAUAAUGCUGAGUCAUGAAUAUGGUGGAGUGCUUUGCCCUUGAAAUUCCACUCAUACUGCGAAGAGAAGCACCCAAGGCAUAUCUCAGCAAACUUGGCAACUUGGGUUGCUGGUUGUGGCUUCAAUCCCUUGCAGCUAACCUAUUGCAUUCAUGGAUCUUCAGCAACAAAGUUCCCAAAUUUCAAUCCCUUUUCCCUUGGCAGAUUAUCUAGCCACAGUAGCCUACUGUACAGCAAGUAAUUCUGCAUUCAGUUUACCUCGUAAGUGGUCAUUCACAGGUCAGAACAAUGUAAUUUUUUACCUGUGUGUUCAACAUACGAAGUGUAGAAAAAACAUGUAUGCCUCCAUGUUCCUCUUUUGUUAGCAACAAGCUAGCCAGCUAACUGAUGAGUGAUGUAAAUUUUCUUCCUCAAAGAGCAAACUGUAUAGUGUUAUCGAUUUAACAAGAAUAUCUAUAAUUCUGAUCGAUCGAAAGCAAAGACUUGUAUAUAGACUAUAGCUCAUUUACAACUGAAUUUUCACUUUGUUUACUAUUGAUGCUGUGCUCAGCUACAG